UCGAACGGCAGUUCGCAGCCCAGGAGCCUCCCCUUCAAAGCCCACAUCUUAGGCCUAUCCCGAGGCAGCAAGCUUCGUUUGCACCGUUUCAUGCCACACAGCGUCGACUGAACGAGGCAUCGCUUUCGGCCGGUGGGACGUCAGCGCGUUUGCAUCUGCCGAUCUGCCCCAUCUUUGUAUUUAAUGGUAUAUUUGGGUUAAGGGUGGGUGGUGUCACGGUACCAUGAUUGAGAGAGCGGACUCCGCCGUUUCCAGCGUUGCGCAGAGGAAUCUGGAGGGAUAUGUGGGCUUUGCCAAUCUGCCCAACCAGGUGUACCGCAAGUCCGUCAAAAGGGGUUUCGAGUUCACGCUCAUGGUUGUUGGUGAGUCUGGAUUGGGUAAAUCCACGCUCAUCAACUCCCUCUUCCUGACUGACCUCUACUCCAAAGAGUACCCUGGCCCCUCCCAGAGGAUCAAGAAGACGGUGCAGGUGGAACAGUCCAAAGUGCUGGUUAAGGAAGGGGGAGUCCAGCUCACGCUCACCAUCGUGGACACACCGGGGUUCGGUGAUGCCGUGGACAACAGCAAUUGUUGGCAGCCAGUCAUCAACUAUAUUGACAGCAAGUGUGAGGACUUCCUGAAUGCCGAAUCCCGGGUGAACCGCAGACAAAUGCCAGACAACCGUGUGCACUGCUGCCUGUACUUUAUCGCCCCCUCUGGCCAUGGUUUGAAGCCUCUGGAUAUUGAAUUCAUGAAGCGUCUGCAUGAUAAAGUGAACAUCAUUCCACUCAUCGCCAAGGCUGACACAAUGACACCAGAGGAGUGCCAGCACUUCAAGAAACAGAUCAUGAAGGAGAUUCAGGAGCACAAGAUUAAGAUCUACGAGUUUCCAGACACAGAAGAGGACGAGGACAACAAACUCAUCCGCAAGAUAAAGGAGCGGAUGCCUCUGGCUGUGGUCGGCAGUAAUGUGGUAGUCGAAGUGAAUGGGAGAAAGGUCAGAGGGCGCCAGUACCCCUGGGGAGUGGCUGAAGAGGGCAUUUUUGUGGAAAACGGCGAGCACUGUGACUUUACUGUGCUGCGGAACAUGCUCAUCAGGACCCACAUGCAGGACUUGAAAGACGUGACCAACAACGUUCACUAUGAGAACUACCGCAGUAGGAAGCUUGCAGCCGUCACCUGCAACGGUGUGGAUGGCACCAAGAACAAGGGCCAACUGACCAAGAGUCCCCUGGCACAGAUGGAGGAGGAGAGGAGGGAGCACGUGAUGAAGAUGAAGAAGAUGGAGAGUGAGAUGGAGCAGGUGUUCGAGAUGAAGGUCAAAGAGAAGAAACAGAAACUGAAAGACUCUGAGGCAGAGCUGGAGAGGAGGCACGAGCAGAUGAAGAGGAACCUGGAGGCACAGUACAAGGAGCUGGAGGAGAAGAGGAGGCAGUUUGAGGAGGAGAAGGUCAACUGGGAGGCCCAGCAGCGCCUGCUGGAGCAGCAGAAACUCGAUGUGUCCAAGACCAUGGAAAAGAACAAGAAGAAAGGCAAGAUCUUUUAACAGCCCGUCCUUCCCUCCAACUCAGCACCAGAACCGCUUUGUUCCAUCCCCGUUACUGCUCGCAUGAUUUAUGACCCCCAGUACACACACACACACAGACACACACACACACACACACACACACACACACACACACACACACACACACAUACA